GUGCAAUUGAAAGCACAUGCGAGUGAUAAAUUUAAAGUAAAAGUUGUGUUAACAACAGUAUUAGAUAAACGCGUAAUUUAGCUAGGACAUAACAAAGAAUUUUAUAUAGCUGCACAGUUUUCACGAUGCUUAAAUAUCAUGAACCAAUAUCCGCAUUUGCUGUGCAUGCUAUGAAACGUAAAAGUACAGAAUUAUCUGCAAAGUCAAAGAAAUUAAAGAAUAAGCAUUAUCCUCAAAAAAGAGUAACUUUGAGAAAUGAUACAAAACAGAAGGCUAAGCAAGCACUUUUAUAUGAAAAUUUGAAAGAAACAAAUAAAUCUGUGGUAAAGAAAGUUCCGAAUGUAAAUAAAAAGAACAAUGUGACAUCUAAGAAAACUAAUACUUCUGCCACUACCAAGAAGAAUAAAUCUAUUCAAAAACCAGUAUUUAAUAGAAAAGAUAAAAAAGUAACAAUAAUGUCUAAUUCGAAAAGUUUGGCACCAAAGACUCAAUUAAAGAGUACUGUUUUAGCAGUACAUACAGGUGUUGCAAAAAUAAAGCAUAUUAAACAAAAGCAACAAAAACAAACUAAAAAUAAAAAGUUAGCAAACGAAGUUGUUCAACAGCCUAGUUGUCCUGUUGCUGAAACGACCGAAGAAAAUCAUGAAAAUCCUUUGAAUAUAAGUCGUUCAAUGUUUCAAUGGGUAAUACAUCCCAUGAAAAUAGAAGACUUCUUUGAAAAAAAUUGGGAACAGACACCGGUUCAUAUAAAAAGGAAUUGUCCCAAUUAUUAUAAGUUACUUAUGUCUACUCCAAUGUUGGAUAAAAUAUUGAGGGAUUCUUAUAUUCUAUUUUCGAAAAACAUUGACAUAACUUCGUACGAGAAUGGUGUCAGAGACACACAUAAUCCUAUUGGUCGAGCAGUUCCAACUGUUGUUUGGGAUUAUUAUGUGAACGGAUGUUCCGUUAGAAUGUUAAAUCCCCAGACAUACAUACCAAAAUUACAUUCAUUAAAUGCCACACUUCAGGAAUUUUUUGGUUGCUUUGUUGGUGCAAAUUCUUAUUUAACACCUCCUAAUAGUCAAGGUUUUGCACCUCAUUAUGACGACAUUGAAGCAUUUAUAUUACAAGUUGAGGGUAGAAAGAGAUGGCGGCUGUACAAACCACAAAAUGAAAACGAAUAUUUGCCGAGGUAUUCUUCGGGAAAUUUUGCGGACUCUGAGAUUGGAGAACCUAUAUUAGAUACCAUUGUAAAUGCAGGAGACCUGUUAUAUUUUCCACGAGGAACGAUACAUCAGGGUGAAACUAUCGAUACGCAUAGUCUUCACAUUACUUUGAGCGUUUAUCAAAAAAAUAGUUGGGGCGACUUCUUGGAAAAGUUACUUCCAGAGACAUUAAAAACUGCCAUGGAUCGUAACAGUGAAUUUCGGAAAGGUCUGCCUCUCGAUUACUUAAGACACAGUGGUUUUGUACAUUCUGAGAAUCAGAGUAAGACCAAAGAAGAAUUCAAGGAAACAGUUAAAACCUUUCUUACGAAAUUAGUAGACUACAUUGAUAUAGAUAAAGCUGCUGACAUGAUGGCCAAGAAUCAUAUUCAUGAUUUUUUACCACCUGUUCUGUCAGAAAGGGAACAACAAUGUUCCAUUGUUCAAGAUGGCGAACAAAUGACUGCAAAUGGAAUUGUUGAGAAUCGCGUAGAAAUAGAACCUGACACGAGAAUACGAUUAGUAAGAUCUCAUUGCAUAAGAUUAGUCAACGAGAAUAACACGUUUAGGGUAUAUUAUUCUAGUGAAAAUACUAAAGAAUAUCGCGACUACGAGCCACAAUUUUUAGAAGUUGGUGAAAUAUUUGUGCCUGCAAUUAAACAAAUGAUAUUGCAAUAUCCUGAGUUUGUACGCGUAGAAGACUUGCCAAUUGAAGGUGAAGAUAAUAAGUGCUGGUUUUGGAUGUUGGACGAUAGAUUUAUCGAAAAUUUGCAUACAUACAUGGAAUUAAUGUCGCAAAUAGAAACUUGAUUUAUACGUUUCCAACAACACGAAAAGUAUUUCUGUGGCAUUAGGAGAUAAGAAUUUCGUUAAAUGCUCGAACAUACUUGAAGUAGUGGAAUUCUAUUUCCUGUUCAGUCAUGUUUGUGAAGUCCAGUUGAUCUGCCAUGGAUCCCAUAUCUUCUUUCAAAUGG